GGUUUCCUUCCGGAUUUGAAGCCAUGUGAUUCAGGAUUCUGAUGCAAAGGAGAAGUAGGAGCAAAAGGGGAGAAUACAAUUAGACGUGGAAAUAGAGAGAGUGAGUGAGUGAGAGAGAGAGAGAGAGAAAAUCGAGACUGACAAUAGAACGGUUGGAGGUAGGCGAUUGAGGGUUAGUGACGGGGACAGUGAGAAGGAUAGAGGUGGGUACAAAGGGAAAGUAACCGGCAGAUUAGAGUGAAAUAGGUCAAAGUGAAUGAACGGAGACGGACACAUGGGACAGAAAAGGAACUCAUACAAUUAUCAGAUUAGGAAAAAGGAGUGUGAUAUUCAUUUGGGAUAGGGAGACCCAGAGGAAAAACUGGCAGUAGGAAGUGAGACACAUAGGUCUGAGGAAGGAUUACAGGAACAGGGAAUGGGAGGGUGGUAACGUGUGAGCUGGACAAGUGUGAAAUGAGGUAAGGUUUGAAGGGGGAAGGAAAACAAGUAGGUGAAAAGACAGUGAAGUCUGAGUUUGCAGUGGUACAUUGAGGCUCAGAGCUUAACUCUUACUCAAGCAGGAUUGAUUGAGAUAGACUCUCAGUGUAAAGCUUCCUUACAACUGGCCAAGAACAACUUUUGGAAAGAGACAGAGAUGCACACUCCUUAGCUGGGGCGCAGGAGUAAUUCCAAAUCCCCAUUGUUUGUAUUGAAUAUCAGUGCAGGGGUUUCACAAGACCACGCCUUAAAUGUGUUUGCCAAAAUAUUAUCAGCAAGAAAGAAUUUUAAUUGUAUGUUCAUUGCAAGUAAUCAUUAGCAAUGAAGAUUAAAUAUUAAAUGUUUGGAUUAACCUCUUGCAGCUGUCAAAUUUGUCAAGGCUAGAUUGUAAUCUGCAGUUUUAGCUGUUAACAGUAGCUGUCUGGAUUGUUGGUCACAAUUUCUCAUCGUACAUGGGCACAAAGUUUCAGGGUGACAUUGAGAAACUCAAAAUGGAGGUUGGCAGGAUCUAUCAGCAGUAAGAUAUUGUUUGGAGAUAAGUAACGAUUGCUAGCAGAGGCAGGGUCUUGAAGCCGGUCUCUGUAUCUGAGCCCUCAGCUUUGAUCUUCACCCCCUCCCCCCCCCGCUUCCCCUGGUACCCAGGAUGUCGGUGCCCCCAAAUCGAAGACUCUUUGUCCGCCUGAUUGGCUACUGGAAGCCUCUCUUCAGUGGCAAGUUUCUGCUUUUAACGAACACCGUUAGCUGUGGGGGUCUGAUGGCAGCUGGUGAUAUUAUCCAGCAGACCCGGGAAAUCCGGCGGGAUGCGACCUACCAGCGGGAUUGGUCUCGGACAGGGCGCAUGUUUGCCACGGGGUGUUUAAUUGGCCCCUUUGGGCACUUCUGGUACAAGGCACUGGAUGGUCGGUUCCCGGGACGGAGCACGACUGUGGUCCUGAAGAAGGUGCUACUGGACCAGCUCAUUGCUUCACCCAUCUUCGGCUUCAUCUACUUCUUCGGAAUGGGAACAUUAGAAGGCCACAGUGCCAUGGACUGCAUGAUGGAAUUCAGGAGCAAGUUCUGGGAAUUUUACAAGGCGGAUUGGACGGUGUGGCCUGCAGCACAGAUGAUCAACUUCUACUUUCUCUCCCCAAAGUAUCGUGUCCUGUAUGUGAAUUUUCUAACAGUUGGAUGGGAUACUUUCCUCUCCUACCUUAAACAUGAGGUCCACCCAGAGAAAGCAGCCUUGUUGGAGGAGACUGAUAUUCCGAAUGGACAGAGGACAGGGCUGGGGUCCUCUGAUUCGCCCCAGGAAACUGAGCGGUAACACUGCCUCAGAGCCUUGCCUGGUGGACUUGAGGGCCUGGAACCUCUGAUUCAAUGGAAGUUGGCCAAUGUAAACCAGUCACACUUUCCCUAUCAUCCCACUUGAGGAAGAAUUGCUGAAUGUUCUGGUUAUAGUUAUUUUUAAUAGAAAUUUUUACCAUUCUGAAUUAUUUGAGAAAUUAAAUUAUAUUUUAAGUAUGCAGG